CUAAUUUCUGAAAAAGUAUGGCGAAAAGAUUCACAAAGUCUUCUAUAGACUGGGUAGCACUUGAAAAGCGGGUGCCCCGUGAUCAGAAAAACCAAUUCUUGGUUUUCAAAGCUAAAUCUGACGGAUACUUACGAAGAGUCCUUGCAAAUCCUGAAAAACCUCCAGAAAUUAACUGGGCAGAGUAUCAGAAGUCGGUGCCUGUUGAAGGCCUUGUAGAGAAAUUCAAAUCGCAAUACCAGAGCCUACAGGUGCCAUUUCCAAAUGAUACUUUGUCGGCCGAAAUUGAUAAACAGUGGUCGGCGAUUGAACCAGGAAUAAAAGCGUUUCGUGCCGAGAUGCAAAAGGAGAUUGACGCGGCUAACAAACAGUUGCAACGCAUCAAUGCGUUGCCGAAGUUUGAGGACAUGCAUAUGGAAAUGUUCAAGGACAUGUACCCUGAGGAAGCGUUAGAUCCCGUAAACAGGCCCACUUUCUGGCCACACAACCCUGAAGAGCAGCCAGGUUAUAAGCCACCUAAUGCACCGGCAGCCGCAGGACAUUAGUUAUACUUUGAUUGUUUUGUUAAAAUAUUGUCGAUACAAUGAUUAUAAGUUUUUUGCUAUAAAUAUAGACUAUGUCGU